CCCAGUUCUGCUAGCGUUAAGCAUUAUAAAGUAAUUUAUUUUAGCACAAAAGUUUUUAUGGAUACUUAAGAUAUGCCAAUAAGUCAACUAUUACGUGCUUGAAUAUUUAGUUUUAGUUUUGACUUCCACGAGCAACGGUUCAACAUGGCAAAAUUCCAACUCUUGGCUUUGAUCUGCCUUCUAGGUGCUGCAAUCAGUCAAGCUGGUCCGACCGCACGUGUCGUGGGUGGGGACGAGGCCUAUGACGGACAAUUCCCCCAUCAAAUCUCUUUGAGACGCAAUGGCUCACACACCUGUGGCGGCUCCAUACUUAGUCGAUAUUUCGUUUUGACUGCGGCACAUUGUGUUGGCACCACCGAUGCACAGGGCAACUAUUACACUUAUGAUCCCUCUUUGUUUACUGUGCGUGCCGGUUCCACCGAUCGUCUGCUGGGUGGCGUUUUGGUGAACGUUCAAUCGAUAACUACACAUGAAGACUACGGUAAUUUCUUGAACGAUGUAUCGCUGCUGCGUCUCAGCAAACCUUUAAUCUUCUCGAAAAACAUCCAACCCGUCCGUUUGGCCACAAGAGAGGUUCCCUCUGGUUCACCGGUUAUUAUUUCUGGUUGGGGUCGCGUAAAGCAAGGUGGUGAUGUUCCGCAUAAGUUGAAAUGGAAUACCUUGUCGGCCAUUUCACGCAGUGAAUGCAAAGCGGCCAUAAACUGGGAUAGUGAUGCGCUCAUAUGUUUGGCCCAUGCACCAAAUAAUGGCGCUUGCAAUGGGGACUCAGGCGGUCCGGCUAUGUACGAGGGUGAGGUCGUCGGUAUUGCUGGAUUCGUUUAUGGCGGCUGUGGCACCGGUAAUCCAGAUGGUUAUGCUAAGAUCUACUACCAUGUGGAUUGGAUUAGAGAACAUGCUCAAUUGUAGAUCCAAUAAUAUGAGUUUACAAUAUAAAAUAUAUCUUCUUGUUUCGACAAAUGGCAAGGCAUAACGUAUUUGAAAUAUAAUUUUUUUGGUUUUUUA